GCCGUCUUUUCUCUCUGUGAAAUAAAACUCUCCUUUCAUCUCGGAGGGCGAUGGGCCGGUGGCUGCAGAAUUAGGGGGUCGCUGCACCCCGUAUGACGGCGGAGUCUUCUCUGAUCAGACGCGAUAAAAGACGGAGGAGAACGAGACGCUCGGCUCACCACAUCCAUCCAUCGAAGAUUCUCCCGUCCCACCGAUCCGCCACGAUGACGUCUCCGGUGAAGGUCUAUUACAGCCAAACCACCCAGACAGAUAGCCGGCCCCUUAUUGCUUCCAGCCUGAGGCGGAGGCGUGUGAUGACCAAGGAUGGGCGGAGUAACGUGCGUAUGGACCACAUCACUGAUAAGAGUUUCCUCUACCUCAAGGACCUAUGGACGACAUUCAUUGACAUGCAAUGGCGAUACAAGCUGCUUCUAUUCUCUGCCACAUUUGCUGGAACUUGGUUUAUUUUUGGGGUGAUCUGGUAUUUGGUGGCCUUAGUCCACGGUGAUCUCCUGGAAUUCAACGCACCGGCUAACCACACCCCCUGCGUCAUGCAGGUCCACACUUUAACUGGAGCGUUCCUCUUCUCGCUGGAAUCACAGACCACCAUUGGCUAUGGCUUCCGGUACAUCAGCGAAGAAUGUCCUCUGGCCAUCAUUCUGCUCAUCAGUCAGCUGGUUUUGACCACAAUCCUGGAAAUUUUUAUCACUGGAACUUUUUUGGCAAAAAUUGCUCGCCCAAAAAAAAGAGCGGAGACUAUCAAAUUCAGCCAGAAUGCCGUGGUGGCCCAAAACGAAGGCAAGCUCUGCCUCAUGAUUCGAGUGGCCAACAUGCGCAAAAGUCUACUCAUUGGAUGCCAAGUGACUGGAAAACUCCUUCACACCCAGGCCACGAAAGAGGGCGAGAACAUACACCUAAAUCAGAUCAAUGUGGACUUCCAGGUGGACACCUCGUCUGACAGUCCCUUUCUAAUCCUGCCACUCACUUUCUAUCAUGUGGUCGAUGAGGCAAGUCCUCUCAGAGAUGUGGCCAUUCGUUCGGGUGAAGGGGACUUUGAACUGGUGGUCAUUCUUAGUGGGACAGUGGAGUCCACCAGUGCAACCUGUCAGGUCAGAACAUCCUACCUUCCCGAGGAGAUUUUAUGGGGUUACGAGUUCACCCCAAUCAUUUCUUUGUCUUCCAGUGGAAAGUAUGUAGCAGACUUUACUUUAUUUGAUCAAGUCCUCAAAGUGUCUCCGCCAUGCUGCUUUCACGAGGCUGUUCGCUAUGGAGACCCCGAAAAGCUGAAACUUGAAGAAUCAUUCAGGGAUAAGUCCGAGAAAGAAGGAAGCCCAUUGAGUGUCAGGAUCAGCAACGUAUGAUCUCUAGUCCUAGACACCAUUCUAUAGUAGAAGCCGGCUCAACCCAGCCAGGCACACUAUACACUGAUGCCUUAUAUCCUAACUUCUAGGGGAAUGUAGAAAACCCACCAGCUGAAUGUUUCCUCCAGGACACUUUCAUCUGGAGAAUUGGCGAUUUGUGUGAAUUUGUUUAGCAGCCGAAUUGUAAGCUAUUCUGGAGGUGCGAGAGGUGGAAUGUUCGGCAAUGAGAUCCGUUUCAGAAGAUCCCCCUCAGGACCUUCUCCUAGAGGAGUGUUUAUGUACAUCCAUCCAAUCAAUGAAUCUAGAGACACCCUUCUCUCUGAAUUCUGCCUCAUCUGCCAUGUCAAUGGACCACAUGGUGGGGUGGGGGCAGCCAUCCUAAUACAUGGGGCCAUUUCUUGAAAGUUUAUGGCCAGAACACUUUUUUUUGUUCCUGUUUGCACAGCACCACUUCUGUUCUACAAGAUGAUCAGUGCCUUCAAGUAGUAAGCAGAAAUCUGAACCAGGCAUCAUCGGGGGAACUGACUGAAUCCGAGACGGGAGGGAGGACGACGAGUGAAUUGCUGCUAUAGAGAGACAUGAAAAGUCUAAAACGUUAGAGAAUAAGUGAUUAACUUCUCGAAUACUAACCCAGCACCUUAUGCAUGAAUGUAUGUGACAAUGUCAAUGUAGUCUACUGUCUGGGGACAGAGCUAAUGUAUAGUCUACUGCAAGGGACAUCCUAUGGAGGGACAAAGAUGUAUGGUCUACCGCAGGGGACAUCACAAGAAAGGGACCAAGUCAAUGUAGAGUCUCUGGGGACAUCCUAUGAGGGAACAAAGUCAAUGCAGAGUCUACUGUAAGGGAUAAAGCCGAUGCAUAGUCUACUGUAAGGGAACAGCACAAGAAAAGGGACAAAGCGGAUGUAUAGUCUACUGUAAGAGUCAUGCCAUGAGGGACAAAGCCAAUGUAUAGUCUACUGCAAGGGGUAUCCUAUGGAGGGAUAAUAAAAUGUAUGGUCUACCACAUGGGACAUCACAAGAAAGGAACCAAUGUGGAGUCUCUGGGGACAUCCUAUGAGGGAACAAAGCCAAUGCAGAGUCUACUGUAAGGGAACAGCACAAGAAAAGGGAUAAAGCAGAUGUAUAGUCUACCAUAAGGGGACAUCCCAUGAGGGACAAAGUCACUGUAGAGUCUACUGCAGGGGACAUCCUCUGGGAGGGACAAAGAUGUAUGGUAUACUGCAGGGGACAUCACAAGAAAGGGACCAGGUCAAUGUAUAGUGUACUGUAAAGGGACAUCCCAUGAGGGACAAAGCUGAUUAUAUAGUCUACUGCAAGGGUCAUCCCAUGGAGGGACAAAGAUGUAUGGUCUACCACAGGGGACAUCACAAGAAAGGGACCAAUUCAAUGUAGAGUCUCUGGGGACAUCCUACGAGGGAACAAAGCCAAUGCAGAAUCUACUGUAAGGGAUAAAGCCGGUGCAUAGUCUACUGCAAGGGGACAUCCCAUGAGGGACAAAGUCAAUAUAUAGUCUACUGCAGGGGACAUCCUAUGGAGCGACAAAGAUGUAAGGUCUACCACAUGGGACAUCACAAGAAAGGGACCAGGUCAAUGUGGAGUCUCUGGGGAUAUCCUAUGAGGGAAGAAAGCCAGUGCAGUCUACUGUAAGGGGACAUCACAAGAAAAGGGAUAAAGCGGAUGUAUAGUCUACUGUAAGGGGACAUCCCAUGAGGGACAAAGCCACUGUAGAGUCUACUGCAGGGGGAAUCACAAGAAAGGGACCAAGUCAAUGUAUAGUCCACCGCAAGGGACAAAGCUGAUAUAAGAGUCAUCCCAUGAGGGACAGAGCCGAUUAUAUAGUCUACUGUAAGGGUCAUCCCAUGAGGGACAGAGCCAAUGUAGAGUCUACUGCAGGGGAAAUCAUAAGAAAGGGACCAAUUCAAUGUAGAGUCUCUGGGGACAUCCUACGAGGGAACAAAGCCAAUGCAGAGUCUACUGUAAGGGGACAUCACAAGAAAAGGGACAAAGUGGAUGUAUAGUCUACUGUAAGGGGACAUCCCAUGAGGGACAAAACCACUGUAGUCUACCGCAGGGGACUUCACAAGAAAGGGACCAAGUCAAUGUAUAGUGCACUGCAAGGCAGGGACAUCCCAUGGAAGGGACAGAAUGUUUCCAAUCUAAUAGACUUUGGUAGAAAUUAAACAAAUUAAUAAAGAGUUUGAUAUGCA